AUGGACAUAUUGAAUUUGGAUAUGGAAUAUCAAAACGACUCGGAACAUGAUGAAUCAGAAACGCAAAUCGUCAUAUGGAGGACACUGAUAAAUUUAGUUAAAGCGAAUCCUGCAUUAUACGAAGAAAAGCAUAAGGGUUACAAUAAAAAAAGUGAUAAGCUACUAAUGUGGAAUCGUAUUGGAAUAUCAUUGGAACCACCAAUGACAGGAACUGAUGCACAGGAAGAAUUUUAUCGUUUACGACAAAAGUUUGGGAAAGAGCGUCGCAAAGUUCUGCAAUCACAGCCAAAAUCCGGUGCAAGUGGAAAUGAUGUACCAUACAAAUCAAAUUGGAUAUUAUACAAUAAUCUAAUGUUUCUUGUCGAUCACAUUCAGCCUAGACAGUAA